CGCCUCCAUUAUACAGACAUGUGUAGAAAGAUCCUAAAUGUGAAUGUACAACAGUUCCUGUGAUUUAUAAAUGUCCAUGAGCACAAUUCUUAAAUUACAUUGUUCAAAGUUUAUCUUAAAUUCAAGUGUAAUGUGAACAAGUGCAUCAAAAUCCACCUUCAGAACGGCCACAAAUAUCCCUUGAUGGUUCAGAAGUAUGGCACUCAUCAUCAAGAGCAAGUGUUUCUAUACAUGAUGCAGGAUGAAAUUUAGGAUCAAAUCUGAUACGUGUGUUUUAUAAAUGAGAUUCAUCCGCUCUCAGAAAUGAGUCUUUCAUCAUCUAAUGUCAUAUUGUACAACAUCAUAUUAGAAAUGACUGCAUUUGAUUUUGUCAUUUCUCUUCACACUGUUCAUGUCUGUUGAUUUCCACAGUCACAUUCACCAACAUGAAUCCCAAGACCAGGAACGACUUCCUACAGUAUUACCAUCAGUUCACUGCGGAUCUGAACACAGUGAAUGAACGUCUCCGUCUGUCUGAGAGGAACACAGUGAUUACUAACACUUACCCAGAGACUCAGUCGUAUCCUGAUCAUCCAGACAGAUUUGAUUAUCGUCCUCAGGUGUUGUGUAGAGAGAGUGUGAGUGAUCAAUGCUCUUACUGGGAGAUUGAGUGGAGUGAUGGUGGUGUGUUUAUAUCAGUGUCAUAUAAGAGCAUCAGUAGGAAGGGACGGGGUCAUGAGUGUGAGUUUGGAUAUAAUGAUCAGUCCUGGAGUUUGACCUGCUCUUCCUCCAGUUACUCAUUCAUACACAAUAACAUAUGGACUAAUCUCCCUAUAAAGCCCAUCAUCAGUAGAACAGUGAAUAAGAAUCACUAUAGAGUAGGAGUGAAUGAGAAGAAUCACUAUAGAGUAGGAGUGUAUGUGGAUCAGAGUGCAGGAACUCUGUCCUUCUACAGUGUCUCUGGAGACACAAUGAUCCACAUCCACACAGUCCAAACCACAUUCACUCAACCGCUCUAUCCUGGGUUUAGGAUUUAUCGUAAUGGAUCAUCAGUGAAACUGUGCUGA